AGAGCAAGAUGGCCGACACUGUGGCCACUGCCGGGGCCGGUGGCUCCGGAACGAGAUCAGGAAGUAAACAGUCCACUAAUCCUGCUGAUAACUACCAUCUGGCCCGGAGGCGAACCCUUCAAGUGGUUGUGAGCUCCUUGCUGACAGAGGCAGGGUUUGAGAGUGCUGAGAAAGCAUCUGUGGAAACAUUGACAGAGAUGCUGCAGAGCUACAUUUCAGAAAUUGGGAGGAGUGCCAAGUCCUACUGUGAGCACACAGCCAGGACCCAGCCCACACUGUCAGAUAUUGUGGUCACACUGGUCGAGAUGGGUUUCAAUGUGGACACUCUCCCUGCUUAUGCAAAACGGUCUCAGAGGAUGGUCAUCACUGCCCCUCCAGUGACCAAUCAGCCGGUGACCCCCAAGGCCCUCACCGCAGGGCAGAACCGACCCCACCCGCCGCACAUCCCCAGCCAUUUUCCCGAGUUCCCUGACCCGCACACCUACAUCAAAACUCCGACGUACCGCGAGCCCGUGUCAGACUACCAGGUCCUGCGGGAGAAGGCUGCAUCCCAGCGACGAGACGUGGAGCGGGCACUCACCCGUUUUAUGGCAAAGACCGGCGAGACCCAGAGUCUCUUCAAAGACGAUGUCAGCACAUUUCCAUUGAUCGCUGCCAGGCCCUUCACCAUCCCCUACCUGACGGCGCUUCUUCCGUCGGAGCUGGAGAUGCAACAGAUGGAAGAGACGGACUCCUCGGAGCAGGACGAGCAGACAGACACUGAGAACCUCCCUCUUCACAUCAGCACGGAUGAUUCUGGAGCCGAGAAGGAGAACACCUCUGUCCUGCAGCAGAACCCCUCCUUGUCGGGAAGCCGGAACGGGGAGGAGAACAUCAUCGAUAACCCCUAUCUGCGGCCUGUGAAGAAACCCAAGAUCCGCAGGAAGAAGUCCCUCUCGUGAGCUGAGAAGGAAGCCUGCCUUGUACAGAGACACGGACACCACUCUCUGGGGGCCGUUAAAGCCACUCAAGGAAGAAGAGAGGGUGGCCUCCUCGAGGUCAAGCCCAGGCGGCUGGAUGUGACUGGGCCUGAUUUUAAUAGCAAACUCCAUAUAAGAUUACCUGUUUUCACUGGAUAUUUAGGUUGAGAAAAAAGUGACAGUAACGAUCAGCUUUUCGUAAUCAACCUGGCUGUACCGUACGGGGCAGGAGCAGCCAGUGACUUCCGUUAUUAUCACAGGACUUGAUUCCUUUGAAACCUAGAAGGCCAGGGCAGGUGGCAGGAAAGAAAGGGUUCUUUGCGUGCCAUGCUUCCUGCCAGAAAGACUCUUGCCUCAUCCAUAGUUCAGGCUCUCUGGACCCCUCUUACCGACUCACAGACAACUCGUGGCCCCAACGUAUUGCCCCAGAACCUCAAUCUUAUGUCUCUCCUCACCUGGGCUCCCAGGGCCCUGCGAGCUGAUGGAAGGUGACUUUGUCCUCCCUCAGCCUGUUGGAAACAGGAGGCCCACCGUCAUGGUGUUGAGCUGGGGCUGGCGGCGUCAGGCGGCGUGGGCAGGCACGUUCCGCGCUGACUCUCCCACCGGCACCUGACGAACGCUCCCGUAAAGCCAGGCAGCACUCUCCGGAGAGAUUUGUCACUUACUGUCCCCCUGAGGGAUGCAGGCUUGGGAACUACCAAGUUCCUGCCCCAUCCCGGGAAAAGAAGUUUUCUCCAACAAGAGCCUAAAUCAGUGGAUAUAUUAUACCAUGACUUGUAGAAGAAUCACCGAUAGGAAAGGGAUUUGAUGGCAGGGAUGGGGGGAGGGGGAGAUUUUGAAGAAUGGGCCUGGCCAGUCUGCUGGAAGGCUGGUGUGGACAGAAGGCUGGGGCCCCGCCUUAUGGUGGAGGUGGGCUGAGAGGAGCCUGCAGGCCAAGCCAGGGUGUUCUUCCAGAAACAGGUCUGAAUCUGUCCAACCUCUUUUCUUCCUGGGGAGCGAAGACGUCAUCUUUGAUGUACCCUACAAACCAAAAACACACGAAUGGUAAGGAAGGUGCUGGGUAACCUGAUAUCCUUUGGCUGGUCUCCAAAGGAAGAGAUUUAAAAACCCAAGGCCAAAGAAGAAAAUGCCAGGGACACCUGCAAGUUAACACAGCAUAGACGAGGAGUUCCCUGGGUUCAUGGCCUAAGGUCUGUAUCAGAUGUUCCUUAUGCUCCGCUUCCAGAGUCCUCUCUCCGUCUUCUGUGCUCUUGGUGGAUUUGACAACUCGAGACACGUAACAGCAGCAGCCACGUGCCUCUGGCCUCACCGUUGCUCCAGGCACUCCAUCUCAUGGCCUGGAAGGAAAGAGGUGCUGGGUAGUCACUGAGGACAGCAGACUAGGGAGACCUUUGGGUUCCCCAACUCUGGACCAAGUAAGCAUCUUUCAGGUCUGUAGUGACCUGGAACUCUUCCCGUUGGCAGCGGUCAGGUGGGGCCUGUGCCGAGUCUGUGAUUCGGCCCUUGGUGAUUCUUGGCCCGUGCUUACAGGCCCAGAUUUGAGCCAUGGCAGAUGCAGGGCUGAAACCUUCCCGGCCUGCUGUCCCCCACUCACAGAGCAGCCACCCCAGUUAGCAUUUCUGCAGUUCCUCUUUCGCCAUGACUGUCCAAAACCAACACCUGCCCCGUGCCGUGAUGCUGUGGGGGGAGGUGGCUUUGGGCCAGAGGUGCCAUUUCCGCUGUCAAGAUUUCAGAGUCCGAUAUUCCGUUCCGGAUGAGAGGCCCUGGGAGGUGAUUAGACAGCUGGAGGCACUGACCUGACCAUUGUUGUGUAAAAACUGUGCAUAAUUCUCAAUGUAUAUUUAUAAAUUCCUAUUUUUUAUAACUUCGGGAGACUUGUUGGAGGGAAAAUGUGGUAAGCAGAGCCAGAUUAAGAAUGUGAUUUAUGAGCUCUUAAUAAAAGGUCCUAAUAAAAACUUUGCGAACAAAACAGAA